AGAUGCGCAAAAAUGUGUUAGUAUGGAUGCUGGUGGCAGGGACGCUCGCCACGGCCCUCGCCCUCCCUCAUCCAGCAAGAAAACCACGAGGACUUCUGGCCGUGGCAGGAGUGUCCAAGACCAGCCCUGCCUGUGACGCGUGCGGACAAGGCUCAGGACACUACCCUGGGGAUGGGCAUAACCACGGGCACUUCCCUGGGGAUGGACACAAUCACGGACACUUCCCUGGCGAUGGGCAUAACCACGGAGGAUCAGGAUCCUAUUCUGGGUCCGCGAGUGGUUCCUUCAGUAGUUCGGGAUCGGGGAGUGGCUCGGGUUCAGGGAGCGGAUCUUGGAGUGGCUCUACGAGUGGAUCUGGCUCUGGGUCGGGGUCCUUUAGCGGUUCUUGGAGUGGUUCUGCAUCCGGAUUCUCUCGCCAUAGACGAUCCGGCGGUUUCGGAUCCUGGACUGGAGGCUCCACGUCGAAUAAGCCUGGUUCUGGCAACAAUGGAGGUUCUUGGAACAACGGCGGUUCUACUUCUAACAAGCCUGGAUCUGGCAACAAUGGAGGCUUCUGGAACAACGGCGGUUCUACCUCUAACAAACCAGGAUCUGGCAACAAUGGAGGUUCCUGGAACAACGGCGGUUCUACUUCUAACAAGCCUGGAUCUGGCAACAAUGGAGGUUCUUGGAACAACGGCGGUUCUACUUCUAACAAGCCUGGAUCUGGCAACAAUGGAGGUUCUUGGAACAACGGCGGUUCUACUUCCAACAAACCCGGUUCCUAUCGCCCUGGGAGAUCGGUUCCACAGAGAACAACCAGAGAAGCUGAAAAACUGAGAUCCAAAUUAUGUCCACUUUGCGCUCUGGGCAAUCUUGGGUCUGGAAGCGGUUCAGUUAGCGGUUCCUGGAGUGGUUCAGCAUCGGGAAGCGCCUCAGGAUCUGGGUCUGGUUCAGUUAGUGGUUCAUGGAGUGGCUCUGGUUCUGGCAGUGGGCCAGGAUCAGGAUCUGGUUCUGCCAGUGGGUCGUGGAGUGGUUCUGGUUCAGGAGGAUCGGGCAGCGGUUCAGGUUCAAUCAGUGGUUCCUGGGGAGGCAAUGGUGGAGGAUCCGUUAGUGGUUCGGGAUCAGGUUCAAUAUCCGGAGGUGGCUCAGGCAGCGGUUCAGGAUCUGGUUCCAUUUCCGGAGGCGGUUCAGGGUCUGGUUCAGGAAGUGGUUCAUGGGGAGGCUCUGGUAGUGGUUCAGGAUCAGGUUCCAUUUCUGGAGGCGGUUCAGGAAGUGGUUCAGGGUCUGGUUCAGGAAGUGGUUCAUGGGGCGGUUCCGGUAGUGGUUCAGGAUCUGGUUCCAUUUCUGGAGGCGGUUCAGGAUCUGGUUCCAUAUCUGGAGGCGGUUCAGGAAGUGGUUCAUGGGGCGGUUCCGGUAGUGGUUCAGGAUCAGGUUCCAUUUCCGGAGGCGGUUCAGGAUCUGGUUCAUGGGGAGGCUCUGGUAGUGGUUCAGGAUCUGGUUCCAUUUCUGGAGGCGGUUCAGGAUCUGGUUCCAUUUCCGGAGGCGGUUCAGGAUCUGGUUCAGGAAGUGGUUCAUGGGGAGGCUCUGGUAGUGGUUCAGGAUCUGGUUCCAUUUCUGGAGGCGGUUCAGGAUCUGGUUCCAUUUCCGGAGGCGGUUCAGGAUCUGGUUCAGGAAGUGGUUCAUGGGGAGGCUCUGGUAGUGGUUCAGGAUCUGGUUCCAUUUCUGGAGGCGGUUCAGGAUCUGGUUCCAUUUCCGGAGGCGGUUCAGGAUCUGGUUCAGGAAGUGGUUCAUGGGGAGGCUCUGGUAGUGGUUCAGGAUCUGGUUCCAUUUCUGGAGGCGGUUCAGGAUCUGGUUCAGGGUCUGGUUCAUGGGGCGGUUCCGGUAGUGGUUCAGGAUCUGGUUCCAUUUCCGGAGGCGGUUCAGGAUCUGGUUCAGGAAGUGGUUCAUGGGGAGGCUCUGGUAGUGGUUCAGGAUCUGGUUCCAUUUCUGGAGGCGGUUCAGGAUCUGGUUCCAUUUCUGGAGGCGGUUCAGGAUCUGGUUCAGGAAGUGGUUCAUGGGGCGGUUCCGGUAGUGGUUCAGGAUCUGGUUCCAUUUCUGGAGGCGGUUCAGGAUCUGGUUCCAUUUCCGGAGGCGGUUCGGGAAGUGGUUCAUGGGGAGGCUCUGGUAGUGGUUCAGGAUCUGGCUCCAUUUCCGGGGGCGGUUCAGGAAGUGGUUCAUGGGGAGGUUCUGGUAGUGGUUCAGGAUCUGGUUCCAUUUCUGGUGGUGGUUCAUGGGGAGGCUCUGGUAGCGGAUCAGGUUCAGUAUCCGGAGGCGGUUCAGGAAGCGGUUCAUGGGGUGGUUCUGGCAGUGGUUCAGGAAACUGCCCUGGCUCGUGCGGUUCCGGCCAUCAGGUGGGCGGGAGCGGCGGAGGAGUCGCAGGGGCCGGCGGCGGUUCGUACUCCAACAAGCCAGGCGUCGGCGGUUCGGGGCACCAGGUAGGCGGCAGCGGCGGAGGCUUCGGGGGCGCCAGCGGGACCUCGUGGAGCACAGCCGGCGCCUUUGGGUCCAACGGCGCCAAGGGGGUCGGAGUCAAGGUGGAUGUCAGGAGCAGCUAGGACGGUGACCUGAGCUGACCUGACCUGGGUGCGGUGGAAGACGGGCGCGGCAUUCCGUCAGAGGAUUUCUAUGUUCUAUGUCAUCAAAUGUAAUUUUGUCUCUCAUUAUUGUUAUAUAUAUAUACAUACA